CUUCUGGAGAACGAUAUCCGUCUUGGCGCUGAUUCACUCAGCAGCUGAGUGCCUGAAGCUCGAUCAGCGGAAGGUUUUGGUGGUCUCCUUCGAUGGCUUUCGGUGGGAUUACAUCAAUAAGUUUCCAACCCCAAACUUCAAGAGUUUGAUAGAGAAAGGGGCCCACGUGACGCAGGUCCACAACAUAUUCAUCACGAAGACCUACCCCAACCAUUACACCUUGGUGACGGGGCUUUACGCCGAGAGCCACGGCGUGGUGGCCAACGAGAUGUUCGAUCCUGUCCUCAACGAGUCGUUCUCCAUGACCGCCUUGGACGUGUACAAGCCGGAGUUUUGGGAAGACGCGGUCCCCAUUUGGGUGACGAACCAGCUAGAGGGUCACAAAAGCGCGGCCGCCAUGUGGCCCGGCACCGACGUGAAGAUCCACGACGUCUUGCCCUCCUGCUACUUGCGGUACGACGAGUCCGUCCCGUUUGAGUUCCGCGUCGACAGGAUCAUAGAGUGCUUCAACGGAGAGCUGACCAACCUCGGCUUGCUCUACUGGGAAGAGCCGGACAAUUCGGGACACCACCUGGGGCCCGAUCACCCGCUGAUGGAGAAGGUGAUUGCGGACGUGGAUGCCAUGCUGGGCUAUCUGGUGGACCAACUCAAAAAGGCCAAGUUAUGGGGCUCCUUGAACCUCAUCGUGACGAGCGACCACGGCAUGGCCCAGUCUUCUCUGGAUAGGGUCAUUCUGCUGGAUGACUAUGUUGACAGGCAGCUCUACAGGCUGAUAGACCACUCCCCGACGGUAGCCAUUUUGCCAAAAGCAGGUAAGCUUGAUGAAGUGUACCAGGCCUUGGCCAACGCGCACCCCAACAUGACUGUGUACAAAAAGGAGCGGAUCCCGGACCGCUUCCACUACAGAGAGAACGUCCGCGUUCAGCCCAUCCUUCUUCUUGCUGAUAUCGGUUGGACCAUCCUGCGAAACCGGUCCGACAUCUUUAACUGGGGUGACCAUGGCUAUGACAAUCUUCACCCUGACAUGUACCCUCUGCUUAUUGCCAGUGGCCCUGCCUUCAAAAAGAACUUCACUCAAGAUGCCCUAAACUCCACCGACGUGUACCCUCUUCUUUGCCACCUACUCGACAUCAAACCCUUGCCGAACAACGGCUCCCUGACCAACGCGAUGGACCUGCUUGUCCGCCACCCCCAACAAUGCCCUGCAUACGGAGGCGCCUAAACCGCAUCCGGACGCGCGUGGUCCACGAGAGACACGUCGAGAUCACUCAGCCGCUGUUAAGUUAAUUAAAGCCGCGGUUCUAAGUAUUGCACGAUGCUGCUGGAAGUGCCUGCUUCGCUUUACUGGGGAUAUCUCUCAGGGUAUGUUAGAUUUCUGUGGGGGGGGAAUAUUUACAGGUUGAAGAAAUCUAUCCUCAAAAAGAUAAUGUGUUAAAGCUUCUGAAGCCACGCAAGCCGAAACGCAGCUACGGAGCAGUGCCAAGUAUUUAGAUGUUAAUGCCCAGCGCCGUAUACCGCUAUACAGCCGAUAAGUCUUAUGCUAUAAGAGUUCCAAGGCUUGUUUUGGAG